CACAAAUUUUUGAUCAGUUUGCUCGAAAGUCACCAACGCCCCCACCAAACCAACCUCUGACACCCUUAGAUGUGUGUGAAUUUGACUUGGACGAAUUUUCUGCGACCAAAGUAUUAACAUAUACUUGCCUCGAGAACAGCCUUGAAACUCCAUUGCAAGAGAUUAUCGCAAAGCAAAGCCACUCAUUCAUUAUUCAGAAUGCCUGCGCCGACCGCUUUGAAGAACGCAGAGGAUGCCCCGCCCGUGGACGUUCCGCUCCCAGUUGAAGACAACGACGAGGAGUUCCUUUUAGAUGCGCCUGACGCUCUUCCUACCGAUGCGAAUGUUCUUGUGCCUGUGGAGGAGAGCAAUGAGAAUGGAAUGGCUAUCGAUGAGGAAGGACGGCCUCGAUUUGCGCCUGCCAGAGAUAUUGACCCAGUUACCCGUGUGGAAACUCGCAAGAUCCCUAUUCCUCCUCACCGAAUGACACCUUUAAAACAGUCAUGGACUUCUAUCUACCCUCCUCUGGUCGAGCACCUUAAGCUACAAUGUCGAAUGAACAUCAAGCGAAAGACAGUCGAGCUGCGAUCAUCGAAGCAUACCACUGAUACUGGGGCACUGCAAAAAGGAGAAGAUUUCGUCAAGGCGUUCACUCUCGGGUUUGACGUGGACGAUGCCAUCGCGCUGCUGCGACUCGACGACCUCUACAUCCAAACUUUCGAGAUUAAGGAUGUGCGAACAAUGCACGGCGACAGCCAGGCCCGUGCUAUUGGACGAAUUGCUGGAAAGGAUGGAAAGACCAAGUUUGCUAUCGAGAACGCCAGUAGAACCCGAAUCGUGCUUGCUGAUUCAAAGAUUCACAUCCUGGGUGGAUUCAAGAACAUCCACCUUGCCCGGGAGUCGGUUGUGAGCCUGAUUCUCGGUAAGCCGCCUGGCAAGGUAUACGGCAACCUCCGAACGGUUGCGGCACGAAUGAAGGAGCGCUUCUAAGUGACGGAAGCUGACGAUAGACUUGGGUUGCUACAUACGGCGUUACGGGUGGACAGCAUUAUGAUCUUGAAUUAUGCGAACAAGGAUUACUCAGUUAAAAAUGGGAGGCUGUCAUAGCAUGUCGAUAACGAUAGAACAUUGAGAUGAAUCGAUUUGUCGCUUCGUGGAUACCCACCAAUACCCACGGGCCAACAACGCAUGAUUGUUUCGGGCUAAUUGUAGAGACUGCCAGUGGCAGUUGUAGUCAGAUCAUGUUUGAUACACGGCGUUAAUAUCGCGCUCUUCAGUAUCAAACCACGCCUUCGGCCUUACAAGCAUUCAGACGUCAACUUCCCACCCAGAUGCGAGGGGGGUGGGAUGGCUCCGGUCUCUUGUUGGCUGUAGAUUCUCAUGAUAUGCUGAUAGGCACGGACUCAGGUCACUCCAUCAGCAUCCAUGUUUAUCAGAACAUAUCAACUUUCAUCGACCGACUCUGGAGCCUUGACCGACAAUUGAGCGAAGCACAACGCAAUUCUGAAAGCGUCUUGUGGGAAUAACAUAUGCCCGAUUGAAGCAGGAACAUGGUUAAGCCUGCAAGCAAGGCAUUGUAAGAGCCGCUACUCAACUACACUAAUGAAUGACCAUGCCGCUAUGCACCAUGUUCAACAUGCAGCCUUCCGGGACUGCGGAGGCUUCGUCUUGUUUCUCGUUGCACCUGGUUAACUUGGCUUCCGAUCAGGACGGGGAUCGUCCAACCGGAAGACGUCCUCGAGCCGGCACGGCGAGUCUGGGGCAGCGAUGCGGCGGACGACGGGCAAGAUGAGCCCGCGGUGCCGGGAAUCAACGGGAGCGAAACGUGAGCCUGCAUCGAGUUGUAUGUAAUGGACUGUUGUACGUGGAGAUGAUGCUAUGCACAGCAACAUGAGAGAGUUAACGAAUGUGUGUGGAGGCGCAUAUGGUGGGCUAUGCUCGCCAUCACACUGAUUAUGAUUUUCUCGGUCUGUUUUUCCAUCCUCUCCUCUCCUCUCGGUCUCGGUGCGGCGCUGUGUCGGCGGGCGUGAAAUAUAGCAUGCUAAGGCGGCAAAAUUCCAUAUCGCUAGUAAUCACCCAAUGCUAACGCCGAUCUAACACAGGGAGUAGCAAUGUUUGACGUCCUUUGGUGACCCAUGUAGCUUACUGGGACCCUGGCGUGUUCUCUUGUCG